AUGGAUUUAACGGAAACAUCACUUAAGCUAUCGACAACACCAUUCUCAAUUAAUGACAUAUUAACAAGCAAUAAUCAUCAUCAGAAUAUAUCAAAGAAAAUCAAGCAAUUUUGUCGAUUUCGACGUAGCUCAUUGGAUUGUUUUAUCGUUUCUAAGGAUGAGGAACAGAACAAUGUAAAGUCGACAGACAGCAGUGAAAAAAAUAUAGUGCAAUUAUUGAAUAGUAAUCCAAUUGAUAUGCGAAGACGUCACAAUAUAUCAGAUUGUGAAAGUCCUACCCUCACUAAUUAUCCUAUGAACAAUAAGAGUGACGAUGUUAAUUCAAGUCGGAAGAAAAGAAGUCGUGCGGCAUUUAGUCAUGCUCAAGUUUUUGAACUCGAAAGGCGGUUCGCUGUACAGAGAUAUUUGAGUGGUCCGGAACGAACGGAGCUUGCAAAAUCACUUAGAUUGACUGAGACACAAAUUAAGAUUUGGUUCCAAAAUCGACGCUACAAAACAAAGCGAAAACAAAUUCAGCAACAUGAGGCAGCUAUAAUGGCAGCAACAAAACGAGUCGUUCCUGUUCAAGUUCUUGUUCGAGAUGAUGCAAAUUACUGUCGAAUGAUGUCUCAAGCAGUAUCACCUGUAUCGUAUUCUUCAGCUGGAAAUCCAAUUGAUCCUUCAUUGUUUAGUAAACUCAGUUUGACAGAUAUUUAUAGGCAGCAGGUAAUGGAACAGUUCCAAAUGGCCUACGGGAUUCCACCUCAACUCUAUCCCUACCUUUACGCACCAAAAUCAUCACUAAAUUUGCACACAUCAUCACUUGAGUCGUCAGAGAGUUCAAUGCACAAUUUACGGCAUAAAAGCAGUAAGGAAUACACAGAUGAUGCCGAAGAGAAAACAACAGAAGAAAAUUUGAGCUCGAAAGAAACAGAAGAUGAGGUUUUAGACGAAAAUGAAAAUGUAGAAAUUGAUUAA